AUGACGUACGAUGGACGAACUUGUGAAGACAUCAAUGAAUGUGUAUUGAACAAUGGUGGCUGUCAACAUUCAUGCACUAAUAUGCCAGGCGGCUACAAAUGCUCUUGCGAAGAAGGAUAUGGUCUGGCUGAAGACGGUCAUUCGUGUUACGAUGUGAACGAGUGCCUUGUGAAUAAUGGAGGAUGUAGUCAGCUGUGUCGCAACGACGAAGGUGGUCGACACUGUGAAUGCUUCGGAGGCUAUGUGCUAGGGAAAGAUGAGAAAACCUGCAUGGGUAAGUUCAGGAUCAUUUUCCACUUUAGCUCAUUGAAUUCAGUAAUUGUACCAUGUCCAUUAAACCUAGACCCGGGCUACAUCUGUGGGAACCGAAAUUGCCUGCAUUUUGCGAGCGAGUUAUGA